AUGACGUUGAAUGGUAGAAUGUCUUAUAUGAAUUCGAUUGAUAUUAAAACAAAGUCUCAUUUGUGUAAUGAAUCAGAGAUAUAUGAAGAUCCAGAUGAACAUCAUGCUCCAUACAAACUUAUGUUUCUCUUUUUCAUCCUGUUUAUUGGUUGUCUUUUCAAAACAAUAUUUGUUUCUUUACGUGUUCCAUAUGCUGGUCUCAUUAUAUUAAUUGGUUUUAUAGGCGGUAUUCUCUUCAAUAUUUUUACUAAAGAUGAUACAUUUCUUACUAUAACAACAUCAUCACCUGAUCUAGUUGUUGGCAUUUUUCUACCUGCAUUAGUUUUCGAAUCAGCAUAUCGUAUUGAAUAUCAUGCAUUCAUGAAAUCACUCUAUUCCAUUCUACUUUUCUCAAUUGUUGGUUACUUUAUAUCAUUAUUUAGUAUUUCUACAUUGAAUAAAUGUCUAUUUCUUUUUCAACAAUGGACUUUUCUUCAAUGUUUAAUAUUGGGUAUUAUUCUAAGUGCUACUAGACCUAUAACACUUAUGCGUCAAGCAGACUAUGGGAAAACAAAACGAUUGAGUAUUAUACUCGAAGGCGAAGCAAUAAUCAAUAACAGUCUAGCAAUUAUCUUAUUUAAUGCUAUCAAAAGUUUUGUUGUUGAUGAUCAAUUGUGGCAUACAUUCAAAUUUUUUAAAACAGCAGUUGUAGCUUUAGUAGGCGGUAUUGGUUUUGGUGGCAUGGCUGGCAUAUUGGAAAUUAUCUGUUUACCUCAUUUUUAUGAUGAUCCCAUUAGUGAAGUUACCAUAACUACUGCUAUCCCUUAUAUGCUUUAUUGGUUAUGUGAACAAUUAUACUCUUCUGGUAUUAUUGCCAUUGUUGUUCUUGGUCUUAUAUUAUCAAAUCAUAAAACUGCACUUAGUUCGGAAGCAGCUAUUUUUAUGGAAAAAUUUGUCAUGAUAAUCAUAUUAACACUAUGUAUUAAUUUAUUUCGUAACUGUCAUUUAUCAUGGAAAGAAUGUUUCCUAGCUACUUGGGGUGAUUUUAAAGGAUCAAUAUGUUUAAUUCUUUGUCUUGCACUUAAAGGUGAAUUUCAACUUGCUAAUAAACAAUUAAUUCAUCAUGCUUCAUCAAAGUUUAAAUAUCAAAUUUUGAUAUAUACAACUAUUAUUGUCUUUCUUUCCAGUUGUAUGAAUUCUACUUAUUCACUUUUACUCAAAAUAUUAAAUUUUACAAAAAUGUCUGAAACAAAAUAUCUUUAUAUGGCACAAUGCGUAGAUUCAUUACGUACUCUUGUCAAAGAAAAAAUUUGUUUAUUAAAAAAGAAUAAAUAUUUAGCUAAUGCUGAUUGGAUUUUCAUUGAAGAAAAUUUUCACAUUGAAAAUCCUCAUACUAUGAAAAUGAUCAAUAAUGACAGUAGAGAUAUCAAUUUAAUUGAUCAUAAUAUAAAAUGUUCUAUUUGUCAUCGACCAAUAUCAAUGGAAUUUAAUCAAAUACAAUAUGAUGAUGUAUUUGAAGAAGCUAGAAUUCGUAUUAUUAAUAUUCAAAAAACAAGCUUCUGGAGACAAUAUCGAGAUUAUGAAAUUUCAACACAAGCUGUUCGUAUUUUAUCAUCUCUUUGUGAUUUUGCAAUCGAUAGCGAAGGUCAAUAUAUUAGUAUUGAUCAACUCAAAUAUUAUUAUAAACCACGAACUAUUGAUUUUAUAUGGAAAUAUUUGAUUUAUACAUUUGGUAUUCAAAUAUAUUUUCGAACAUGGAUUGAUUAUCGAAUUGAAUUUAUUCUGUUGAUAUUAGUAGUAGUUGAAUGUAUUUUUGAAUAUUAUUAUCGUAUCUCUACUAAGUUUAUUUCUCAUCAAACUUGGUCUAUUAUGCAAAUUUUGGUUAUUAUUCAAAUAAUUCGUCUUAUUCGAACAAUAGAAUAUAUCAUAGCUAAUUUAAAUAUUCUUCUUGAACGUAUAGCUAAUCGUUAUGUAACACUCUCACUUGAAUUAUGUAAAGCAUAUAUAUUAAGUGAAGAUGAUGUACUUUCAAAAUUACAUCGUGUUAUUGAAAUUGAUCAAAUUCGAGAACAUUUUCAUAAAGAUUCAAUAAGACGACGAGAUGAAAUUAUUAAUGAAUUAACUUUUAUUCAAAGUGAACAUCCAAAUGUAUCAGCAAGUGUGAAAACGCGUGCAGCUAUACAAAAAUUACUUAAUUAUUCAAAAAAUAUAAUUCAUCAUAUGACAAAUAAAGGAUUAUUAGGAGAAAAUGAAGCUCAUCGAAUUACAGAGUUCAAUUUUUUACAUGUAUUUCCAUGGCUUCAUGAUCCUGAUGUACUUGAAUAUGUAUUGAGUCAUCUUCAUGUUAAAUCAUUUUCAUUAAAUGAAUAUAUUUAUAAAGUAAAUAAUGAUUCUCAAGCAUUAUUUUUUAUUACAGCUGGUUAUGUCGAAACAAUAAGAAAUAUGCCAAAAUAUCAUGAUGCUUUAUCAAUUGAAAAAUUUCAUAAAAAUAAAGAAAAUAAUUCAUCUGAAGAUAUAAAAUUAAAAAAAGAUUCAUUUACUUUUAAUUCAAAAUCAAAUUAUUAUCAAAAACAAUCUUAUGAAAUUAAUUCAAUAAAUGAAUCUCAAACUAAUCAUCAUCUUUGUCAUCAAUGUUAUGUUGAUGUUCAAAAAAUCGAUAUCAUUGAUAAGAAUGCUUUAUUAAAUGAAGAUCUAUUUCAAUGGUCUGAUAUUGACUCUGAACAAAAAUAUUUAUUCUUUGAUAAUACAAAAAAAUUAUUAAAUGUUAAUGAAAGUAUUCUUUCUCAGCUUAAUAUAAAUGAUUCUAUACUCGAUUUUUUUCCAACAAAAGAAUCAACUACAGUCUAUCGAUUGUUAUAUGCACCAGGUGAUGUUAUUGGUCAUAUUGAUUUACUCAAUGGACAAAAGUAUACAGAAACAUGUAAAUGUAUUACAAAUACUCUUGUUUGGUAUUUAAAAUCAAACGAUCUGAUUGUUCUUAUUGAACGUUUUAAACAUUUAAAGAUCUUAGAAAAAAUAUGGCAUUAUAGUGCAUUACAAUUAGCUGAAGGUGUUUUGUAUGAAUAUUUAAAUAUAGUGCCAUACGAUGCAACAGAACAAGAACGUUUUCAUAUUUAUGGUCAUUUAAAACAUGCAUUUCUUAUACCUGAAUCAUAUUUAAUUGAACACAAAAUAAUCUAUUCAUCACAUGAACUUAUUCUUAUACAAGGUCAAUUAGAAAAUAUUAUUUCAUCAUUGAUUUAUACUGGACCAUGUUUUAUACAAAUUGAAUUUGGUCAAUAUGGUCUUAAACCACUGAAUAUAAGUGAAACUAAAAUACUGGUUCUUCGAAAUUCUCAUUAUCAUGAUACACUUAAUGAUGAAUUUGUUUUACCAUUAGAUUUACCAGGUUUAUUAACACAUAUUAUUUAUGAUGAAAAAUUGGACAUUCUUUUACCUCGUAGUAGUAUUAAAUAUGAACAUAUCGUUACACAAUCUAAUAUUGAUCAAUCUUCAAAAGAAAUGACCAAGAAAACAUUAUUAGGUCGAUUUUUAGAAAGUCUACCAAAAUUUCAACGACGUAUUAUGAACCCAUAG